AGUUCGCGAACAGCCGCGAAACGCUGUGAGAGGUCGAGAGCCGUUUGAAACGAUUGAAUCGAUUCACUUGAACUGACUCGGACUUUAGUGAGUCGGUGUCAUUAGAAGUUUUGUACACGGAGAUCCAGAAAGCAGCGGUCUGAACAGGAUAAGAGCUCGGAUCGCUGGCAUUCCUUCUGUCUGUGGUGUUCUGGACGAUGAGGAUCGGGAGGUGAGCGCAGCACCAAUCAUGGACGGCGGGGUCACUUCUGACGCUGAUCGGGUCUCUGAUUUUGAGAUUCCAGAAGAUGAGGAUUGGGUUCAUGACUCAUUCAGUCAGCUGAUCCAGGAACAGUGUUACUACCCUUAUGAUGUCAUCGAGAUGACCCCGCUUGACCUGGAGGAGGAGGGCAGAGGUCAGAUCACACCUCCAGUGACAUCAGACAGCAGUCUGACAGAUCUCUGUAUCUCAGAUGACGUCGAGUGUCUGGAGGCCGACAGAGACGUGCCGCAGCAGACGGAUCCUCUGAUUGAAGAACGCUGGUCAUCUGACACGCUCAGAGUCCUGUCCUCCAUGCCCAGCCGCACCAUCGGUCGCAGUCGUGGAGCGAUCAUCUCUCAGUACUGUAACCGCACCAUGCAGCUGCGCAGACGCAGACAGAGCAGACCCUCCAUCCAGCACUUCCCUCGAUCCGCGCGGCCCAGCAUCUGCGGAUACGGCGUGGAAACGGACGCAACCGAUUUUGAGGAAGAAGAGAAUAAGAGGGAGCGCUUGGUUAAUAAUCUGCAGAAUCUGUCAGCCGGUGAUCGCGUGCGUAUGUUGAGAGCGAUGCCUCUGAGUCUCUCAGAGAAGAAAGAGCUCAGGAUGUUGGUGUUGAAUAAAGCCGAACACUCGUUGUCUCAGAAUCUGAUUCCCUGCUGCAGUCAGCUCAAGUAUUACAUCAUCAUUGCGCUGAGGCACGGCUGGUACGGCUGGCUCUCCUUCCUGUCCUCGCUGCAGUUGUGGCAGACGGCUCUGAAGCGUGUCAGCGGCCGCUUCGGGACAGGCGUCCUCUCCUAUUUCGUCUUCCUCAGAACGCUCCUCUUCUUCAACGUCUUCCUGUUCCUGGUCACGGGUUUGUUGCUGGUGGUUCCUCAGGCCAUCUCUCACCCGCAUCAUGACCAGGACAUCUCUGUCAGGAGCUCGUGGGGUCUGGAGGUGCUCACUGGAGCUGGUUAUUUCUCACACUCUCUGCUGUAUUAUGGGUAUUAUAAUAACCAAACGCUACAGACGGGUCACAGCUGCCCUGCGUCCAGGAACAGGAUGUCCUGUAGUUCUGGACUGUCUUAUAACAUGCCUCUCGUUUACUUCUUCACCAUCUUCACCGCCUUCUUCAUCACCUGCAUCAUCCUCGUCUACAGCAUGUCCAAGUCGUUCGGUCAGAGUUUCCGCAUCGAUAAAUCCAAAGGCCUGCUGGCCAUCAAGGUCUUCAGCUCGUGGGACUUUAAAGUGAUCAAGAAAAGCUCCGUCAAACUCCAGCGGGCAAACUUCGGCACACAGCUGAAGGAGCUGGUGGCAGAGGUGAACCGUCAGGAGCAGAAGAUCUCUGUUCUCCAGCGCUUGUUCCGGCUCUUCAUCCACAUGCUGGCGUGGAUCUUGUGUUUGGGAAGCACGUUAGCGUGUGUGCUAGCUGUGUAUUAUUUCUCUGAACACAUGCAUGGGGAUCUGCGUAGCCGCUCUCACACAGCGUCGUCUGAUUCGCUGCUGGAGGAGGUCAGUCUGCUCGCCGUUCCUGUCGUGGUGUCCAGCAUUAACCUCCUCCUGCCCGGAUUCUUCAAUGUUGUGUCCUGGAUGGAGAAAUAUGAUUCUCCCAGUGUGCUCAACUACAUCUCCAUCAGCAGGAACCUGCUGCUGAAGGUGAGUGUGCUGGGAGUGCUGUGCUAUCAUUGGCUGGGCCGCGUGGCGUCAGAUCCUCAGAGUCUGGGUUUAGAGUGCUGGGAGAGUUACGUCGGGCAGGAGCUGUACCGCUUCCUCCUGAUGGACUUCAUCUUCAUGCUGCUGGACACCUUCUUCGGAGAGUUUCUGUGGAGGGUGUUUUCUCAGAGGGCUCUGAAGAGGAAGAGGAAGCCCGUGUUUGAUAUCGCCAGGAACGUUCUGGAGCUCAUCUAUGGACAGACUCUGGCCUGGCUCGGGGUUCUGUUCUCUCCUCUCCUGCCGGCGGUUCAGAUCAUCAAACUGCUGUUUCUCUUCUACAUGAAGAAGGUCAGUCUGAUGAUGAACUGUCAGGCGUCGGGGAAGCCGUGGCGCGCCUGUCAGAUGACCACCAUCUUCAUCACGCUGCUGUGUUUCCCAGGAUUCCUGGGCGCCACCGUGUGUGUGACCUACACCAUGUGGUCGAUGACGCCGUCGGCCGGCUGUGGGCCGUUCCGAGGGCUGAAGAACAUGUUCGAGGCGGGGAAGCGCUGGGUUCAUGAUCUGGCGGCGGUGAACCCUGACCUGCACUGGCUGGCCUCGGCUCACUCUUAUCUGGUGGAGAACCCUCUCUUCCUCUUCCUGUGCGCCGGCAUCUUCCUGAUCGUGAUCUACUUCCACAGUCAGGUGGUGGAUGGUCAGAGGAAGAUCAUCGAGCUGCUUCAGGAACAGAUUGAGAACGAGGGCGAGGAUAAGAAGUUCCUGAUCACACGACUGCAGGACAUCCAUGAGCGCAAACGAAGAGUGACGCCACGCCGCGUGAAAGGAGGCAUCGAGGACUCCAGUUAUUCAUGACACUCUUCAUGAACUGAUGAAGCCAGAGAAACACACAGAACAGAAGCUCUCUUCAGAUCCUGCACAGAGGAAGUUCUGCUUGAAUCUGUGCAAAUGUGACCUUGUAUUACUAGUGACUGUGUUUUUAUGCCGUCUUUGUUAUUGAGACACUUUUAAUUUUCCAAAUAUUUAAUACUCACUGUUCCUCCAGUUUCAAACUGGAACUUCUGUCUAAUGUACUGUGAUAUUAUUGUUUUCACACAAACCGUUUUAAAUAAAUAUGAUAUAUUUUAUUAAA